AUGCUAAAGCUGAACGAUACUAUCCAUCUGAAAAAACAUUUCACCCAGGUUACUUCAGACGAGUUUGCGAAUGGGCUCGAAUCUGAUCGUAUUCAGUGCCCAGCGGUAACGUUCAACUGCUUGGUGGUGUCCUUGAUCAUUCUCAACGUUUUCUCUCUGGGGUGGAUCCACAUGGGGAAACCAAAGCCAUCCAACAAGAAAAAAACUUUCACCCCGGUUAUUCAUCUUCAGUCCGGCACCGAGUCAACCAGCACGUCGUAUUCGAAAUUGUCCAUUGAGCAACUAAUCAACAGAGCCACAGACCUGGAAAAUCGGUUCGAACUCACAGACGCAUUGAAGUGUUAUAACCAGGCUCUGAAACGUAUUGAAAGCAGCCGAGGGCUCGAUGAUGCCAGUUCGGAGUUGAAUCAUCACUACUGUCGAUUGCUUCAAGCUUCAGCCUACAAUCUACUUGAGUUGGGUCGACCCGAAAAGGCGAAGGAGCGACUUCUGAAGGUGUUAUCGUGCAACUCUACGGUGGACUAUGAGGUCUAUAUGUAUUUGGGUCAGCUCACUGAGGGUACGGAGUCGUUAACCUACUAUCGCAAAGGAUUGGAUGCACUUCGACAAUUAUCUAGUAAUGAUUGGGUAACCGGCAGCAUCCCAGCCCUCGUGCUCCCUUCGGAUGGCAUGGUGGCUAGGCGCCGAAAGACCGUUACGGCUGAACGAUUUUUUUAUUUGGCGAGAUAUCAUGUCCUUCACUUGACCUGCGCUCACAGAUCCUCUGAAGAAAUCGAAAACAAAACCGUGGAGACGUUGCAACGAGCAGAAUCGAAUGCGUUCUGUGCGAUUGCUGAAUUAUACAUGACGGAUUUGUGUGAUCUCCCCGAAGCGCGAACUGAAUGUCAAAAGGCAUUUGAAGGUGCGACACAGACUGAUCCCACCAACCCCCAGGCUUGGCUUGCUGCAGCCAACUUCUAUACGGUCACAGCUGACUCACAGGCUUCUCGGGAUGCUGUCCAACGCUGUCUGGACAUAUGGUGGACAAAACUCGAAACGUUCCUUACUGAGGAACAAGCUCCCAGAGCAACAUCCGCCGAGGUGUCUGACGAACCGAUGGGCAAUGCAACGAGCGAUGCUUCCAAUUCAGUGGCACACACUGAGGAGACCAAAUUAGAUUUGGAAGAGUUGACAGGUAUACCACUUUCCGGGUUGAUCUCUCUCUGCCGAAUGAUGAUAGAAUUGGAAAUGGACGAAAAAUGUGCUACAAUUUUGGAAGCCAUGCUUGAACAAGAGGAGGACAAUUUGGAGGUGUACUACUUGCUGACGGUCGUUGGUCGGAAAUUGUGGAAGGAGAGUGAUCCAGAUCUACUUCGGUUAUAUGCGACCACCGCAAAAGUGAGACGGAAUCAGUCAGCUCUUUGGAGCCCACCUCUUCGGACGAAGAUGAAAAAUACACACCGCGUCAGUGACAUCUUUCACCAAAGCCUCUUGAUUGCUUUUCACCUUGUUUCUCCUGUAAAGCGUUUUCACGCCAAUAUCUCCAGCCACGAUAGGUUAUUAAAAACCUUGGAUGCAAAAAUACACCAGGCUAGCAGUGAAUAUCGGAAACCUCAGGAUUUCUCAUUACUAAUUCUCAUCAACAAACUCUCUACUAACCGAGAACGCCGAGAAGAGAACACCGUCCUCAGAGCUCCUUUCCAUUCCAAAUUACGCAGCCGACUGUUCCGUAGACGUUGCACCCUAAACAGCCAUCCAAUUGCUUGUUUGCGUUUCACAGAUAUUGGCCCUAUCACUGAUCCUACCAUCACAGCAACCUAUGACGCUGGAUACUCCACUGCGACAGUUUAUCUGGAUAUUCAAAAAGCCUUUGAUCAGGUCCCCCAUGCAUCCCUACUGCACAAACUUAGUACUGUUGGCAUCAUUGGAACCUUAUUUCAGUGGUUCGCCUUUUACCUAUCUGACGGGACUCAAGUAGCACAAAUUGGGGACAUACAAUCAUCUUCACCAUCGAUCACCAGUGCAGUCAUCCAAGGAAGCGUGGAUGGCCCAUCCGCUGGCAUAACUAUGGUAACUGCCCUGCUCAGUCUGGCGUGCAAUAAACCUGUGCGACCCGACUUGGCAAUGACCGGAGAAGUCAGUCUCACCGGAAAAGUACUACAGGUUGGAGGAAUCAAGGAAAAGGUUCUUUCGGCUUCUCGGGAUGCUGUCCAACGCUGUCUGGACAUAUGGUGGACAAAACUCGAAACGUUCCUUGCUGAGGAACAAGCUCCCAGAGCAACAUCCGCCGAGGUGCCUGACGAACCGAUGGGCAAUGCAACGAGCGAUGCUUCCAAUUCAGUGGCACACACUGAGGAGACCAAAUUAGAUUUGGAAGAGAAAUGUGCCACAAUUUUGGAAGCCAUGCUUGAACAAGAGGAGGGCAAUUUGGAGGUGUACUACUUGCUGACAGUCGUUGGUCGGAAACUGUGGAAGGAGAGUGAUCCAGAUCUACUUCGGUUAUACGCGACCACCGCAAAAGUGAUCUCCGGAAAAGUGGGUGAUUCAGAACUUGUGGACGAAAUGACGCAGCUGCUCAAUGAACUUCCGCCAGGCAAUGGUAAGUGGUGUUUCGCAAUUUAUCUUCUUACGUGUAUUUAUCAGCAGGACAAUACUAUAACGGCACCGCCAGAGACGUACCAGUUUACACAAAGAUUGGCAGCACGUUAG